CUUUGCCCCUUUAAAAAUUCUGCAUCCUUCUCCAACGCAUCCAUCAUUAAAAAAGUGUCUUCUGCAGGCUCAUAAAUGUUUUCGUAAUCCGUCUUCUUCAAGUGAGCAAACGAAGGGGUCGGAAACGACAUCACAGCGUUCAGAGAACACACCAAAAGUUUUUAAAAAUAUUCGAGAACGGAUCCGUCCGCCAUGUUGUCCGUGAUCUUAUGAAAGAGCCUGGAACUUUUUUGGGACUCAGGCCCUCCCCGAUUUGCCUCCAAAGUUUCGCGUGAUCAAGUUUCGUUGUCACGAUGGAACACUUGGGGCCAAAAGAAAAGCGUCUUAAAAUUGACGAGAUCUCGAAAAACAGCGAUUCAAACAACAAUGUUUUAAUUUCAAAGGAGUCACCAUUCGACAUUCACAAUUGUAAGGAAAACCAAAGCAUUCAACGAGUUGAAAGUGAUCACGUGGAAGUCGACGCGGGAAAUGGACGUCCGGUCUGCGAGCACGGCGUGGACUGCAGCGAGACAGACUUAAUUCACUUCGCAGAUUUCUGGCAUCCCACAAAAGCAGACGGGGACGAAGAGGAUGAUCAGAAAGAGAGCAGAUCCCAUGAAGCAGAUGAAUGUGAAGUUGUAGAAUUGCCUUUUUACAGUGUCGAAGCCACCCAGGAAGUAUAUGAUGACCCUUCCGACAGCGGAUCUGACAACGGCGAUGUUGUAGAUGGAAAUUCGAACACGAUAAAGCACUGUCAAGAAAAAGACUAUAGUUUUGACAGCUUGAAUCCUCAGUAAGUGAAAAUAAACUUAUUAUAGGUUACAUUGCAGUUUAUUUGCUCAACGUGUUGAAAUGAAAAAUAAGGCAACAAACCUAAUUUAUUGGCAACACGCUGAGGAUACUGAGCAUAUUGUGUUUACCCCUAGUCACGCGACGAAUAUGGCUUGAAAUCACAAACGGUAACCUAUUUUAAAAACAUACAUUUUAGUAGAAUACUCUGUAUCAGAGGCCAGGUAUUUUUCCUUACAUCUUACCCAUCUCUCAUCAAAGCUAAAAGUAUUUGUAUUAACGGAACGGAAGUAGUACAAGUGUACAAUUUACAUUACAAUAGUUCGAUAACGUCACCCUGUUUACUCAGAAAAUGGACUUGAAAGACUAGAGUUAAUCAUUUAAUUUAAAAGAUUUCUACUUUACUGAAAAGAAAACGCUUCCGCGUCAAGGUGGUAUAAUAAUUGUGGUGAUGAUGCAAAAAGCAGCUGUUUCGGAAAAGUCAUGCGAUGGCUUCUGCAAAAUCAAAAACGUUGCGUGAGUUUUCUAAUGCGCUGGCUUAAGUGUCACGCGAUUUCUAUUGCCAUAUAGCAUGAAAGUGAAAACACUUUUUAUAAUACAAAAAUGAAGAACGUAUACAAAAAUCGUACUGUUGAAUGUAAAUAUUUAAUUUAGCGGCUAUUUAUCGAAGCCAGCAGUCAGUUCAACAGUCCACUUUCCAGUUGUGUGCUCAGUGCCCAGACCUCUGAAUAGAAGCGAGGCUGUAGGUGACCUUGUACGUUUCAUGCCUUCCCUGUUUUCACAUGUUCACAGGCUUUUUAGCACGAGAAAGACACGAUUUGUGGGAAGGUUAGUAACCGGCAACAAAGCCACCUGAGCCUCGCUUCCAUUCAAACGCCAAGACACUGAGCACCAAAUGGCCUAUUACCAGACCAGUCAUCCCACUAGUUUGAUAUCCCACGACAAUUAAAUUUAUAACAACACUGUGCUUUUCAACGAUUUGUAGACUUUCAAGAGACGAUACAAUACUGAGCCGUGGUCCCAGCAUAGUAAAGAGCUAUUCCUUGUUGUCUGAAACAGAGCGUCGAGAGCUCAUACGAAGGGCCUUUGAAAUGAAGGAUCUCUUAAAGAAAGAACUUGAUAAAACAUUAAGCAUCAUUGAAGAAAAAAACAGAGAACUUCGACGAUUUCACUCCCAGCUGGAGCGAGGGCAGUUGAUGGUUGAAGGCGAAAGAGAAGCUUUAGAUAAAGAUGAUUUGCAUUACUUUCCUCUUUUUGCUGAGAGAGAAUACAAGGAAGGCUCGGCUGCCCAAAUGCAUUUUCGCCUGGCAGGUAUUAAAAGUUGGUAAACUAUUUUACCGCCUGUGUAGAUUUGUAAUCUACCAUGACUCAUAAGUAGACGGAUAUGUAAAAAGUAAAAUCGAACCAAUUACCGCACAGAUACAAAAUUGUAGUUGUGGCCGUCUACUUUACCCAAAUUUAGGCCAAGGGGUUAAAAGAACCUUUAUUUCGACUUGCACAAAGUUAGCUUCAGUUCACAAUAGAAUUGCGCAGCACGCCAGGCAGUUUUCUUACAGAAAAAUACAUUCUUUCUUACAAUAAAUUUGCGUAGCUGAUGACGCGUGAGUGAAAAGGCUCUAUUAGGUACGAAAGGACAAGUCUAGUGUCUCUAGUCUGUUUUGUUUUCUUAUUUGUUUCAGAAUCGCAGUUUUACAGACUCGUAGACACCACAGAUAAGUAUAGAGUCACCAAGGUGGAGUAUGUCGUUAAUCCUGUGUUGAUCAGAAGAUUCCAGAAAUCUCGCCAGAAGCUGAAAAACGCACGAGGUGAAGAGAUGUCCUACCCAGUGCUGGCAUUCCAUGGAACAAAGGAGACGAACAUACAUUCCAUAUGUAACAGUGGAUUUCGUGCUCCGGGAGAUGCAAAUUUUGAACAUGCAACUGAUACAGGUGAGUACGGUCCCAGGUCAGUCUCUAAGGCAACGAUCUUAUUUAGGGCUUCACGUGUCCGUUAAAGAAUGCGUGACUGCGUGACAAAGCUUUAUGGACGUCUACGUGGUAGGCUACGAUCUUGAGCACAAUAUAAUGAAAUUCAAAGCAAACUCCUCAUCCCCCCCACCCCCUCCGAAAUCAAGGAUGAAGCCGCGCGAAAACGCGCUAUUUUUCCAUGGGUUGAUUUAUUUGGAGUAGCCCCCCUCAGUCCCAUACAGUUUGAAUCCGAAGCUGAUCUCUUCGAUAAUUCACCCCAAGAUCCUUUGCGGACUGCGGUCCAAUCUCCUCUGGUUUGAAUUGUAAAUAAGAUAAUUCACCCCGCUUGCAAUUUUCGGAGUCUUACGCGUCACUGUUAUAUUAGAGUAUACCCUGCUAUCGGAACUCCUCUAUGCUAUUUUAGGAAUCGUACGGUAUCACGUUAUACGGAAGUGGUUCAUCCUUCCCCAAUACUUUUGUUAUUUCAAAGGCACCAAUGUGUGUGUCGUUUGGGAGUAUCCGAGGUAGUAACUCCUUGGUGGUCUCGGAAUACUACAGGCAGAUUUAGCAAAGACAACACAACGUCAAAUAAGAACGCGAAGGCGUGCGGAACGGACUGAACGCGACUUCCAGUGUUCAAUUUUCCUCUCUGUCAUUGGCCAAAUCGGUUCUUAGAUCUGCGCGCGCCGUGGUGACUUUCGUCUCCUUGUCUUUGCCCAAUCCGCCUACUAUGUGCAAAAGCGGACUGACCCAGCCAUCUGUUGUGAUGCCUGGCUGUCGCUGUUCUAAUUUUAUGUUUCCAUUACUCGGGUAGGAAAUUACGGCCGUGGAGUGUACUUCAGCGAGUACCCUUCCUACUCCAUGAACUACAUCAGAGGUGCAUCAAAGCUCCUUCUGUGCCAGGUGCUCCCAGGAAAGGUUUAUCGAUGUACCAAUCUGAUUCACGGGGAGCCCUUGGAAACGGGGCAUGAUUCACACACCUCUCCAGACGGGAAGGAACUUGUGAUCUUUAACUCAUAUCAUAUCCUACCAUCCUACGUUGUUCACUAUGGUGAAGCUACAGGAGACUUCACAUACGAAAAGACUGUGACAUAG